CCGGCCCACUACAGCUGCUGAUGGGUAAAGGAGGUUGCCGUUCUUUUAAUCUAAGUUUUCCAUGGCGAGACGUCCCUGCUGCUUUUAUAUUAUAACGGGUGUUAAAGUUUGCUAUGCAUGGUGAUACAGAUGAAUUCAAGAUGUGUUAUAAACGAUAAGAACGGAAGGGUGAGAUGUGAGAAAAGGCGUGUCUGGUGAGCAGUGGGAUCUCCCCUCAUCCACAUUGUGUACCAUUGAUCGCGGCCUGCAGUCACAGUAGUGUCCCCUCGGCCAGUAGUGCGAGAGGAGACAGUGAUAGUUAGUGUUGUGGUGCGGUGAUAUGAUGAUGAUGAUGAUGGCAUCAGUGUGUAGUGAAAGGCAGUGAUGAUUAUGGUGGGAUGUCGCGCGACGUGUAUGGCGGUGGUGGUGGGGGAGGAGGGGUGCCAAGUACCAGGUCGCCCCGAUCCUCGCGCCGCGACCUGAGUAGUAACGACCCUUACUAUCUGGACCAGGGCGGUCACCACCGCGCCCACAGCCCUCAACCUACAGCCGCUUCAGCAGCCGCUUCAGCAGCCGCGCGCCGUAGCAGAUCGGCUACCCGCGCUGCCUCCCCCACCCUGGCGCUGGACCACGGUGGGCCAUACAUGGACCCCCACGCCACCAUGGACGCGGACCGCCGUAGCGGAUCAGCACCAGGAUCUCACCACCGUAGCCGUAGCCAAAGUCGCAGUAACGUAGGACGUAACUAUCACUCCUUGGACCGAGAGGCGCACGAUCGCGAGUUUAUGCCAAUACGUGAUCCUCGUGACCGCAGCAUGGAGCGAGGAGCCAUGGACAUGCAUGGUGUUCAGGGAGGGCACAUGGCCCGAAGGGAUAGAUCUCUAGAUCGCGGACCAAUGCUCGAGGACGAUCUCUACCGUGACCACCACUCGAUGGGAAGGUCGCGAGCCAGCCCUAACCCGGACCUUAGCGGGCGGCAUGGGGCGGGCAGUCUCGGGGGGAUGGGAAGGGACGGUUAUUUAGCCGAACUACAAGUGCACAAUUCCGAUCUCCAGAAGGAACUGGGGAAUCUCAAAAAGGAACUGGAAUUGACCAACCAGAAACUGGGCUCCUCCAUGCACUCUAUCAAGACCUUCUGGUCUCCCGAACUGAAGAAGGAGCGUGCCCUUAGGAAAGAGGAGAGUGCGAAGUACUCCCUCAUCAACGAUCAGCUCAAACUACUGAACUCGGAAAAUCAGAAACAAGCCAUGCUGGUUUGGCAGCUAGAGGAGGAGCUGCGCCAACAUAAGCUACGGGGUCCAAGUCUGGAGAAACAAGCGAUGCUCGUCCGGCAGUUGGAGGAAGAGCUUCGCCACCAGAAGUCCCGAGGACCCAGCCUGGAGGUACAGAACCAGAUAGAGAACCUAUUGACAGAGAACGAGCACCUCUCCCGCGAAGUAGCCAUCCUUAGAGAGACCAUUAAACAAACGGAACGACGGUGUGUUAGAGAGGUCCAAGGCCAACAGGGGACGCAGGAGUCUCUCCUCACUGAAAACGAGAGACUUAACCGAGAGAUCGCCAUACUGAGAGAGACCAUCAAGGAACUGGAGCUCAGGAUAGAGACGCAGAAGCAGACGUUGGCCGCUAGAGACGAGAGCAUCAAGAAACUCUUGGAGAUGCUGCAGCAGAAAGGCAUAGGUGAUAAAAAUAUAGAUGAGGAAGGCUCAGUAGAGUUGGAACAAACGCGAGCGCGCCUGGUCGAGACUCAGAAUGAACUGGACCGCGUGAAGGACACCUUACGCCAACGGGAGGACGAUAACAAAAAACUGCGUCAGGAAGCUCUGGAGGCGGCGGAGCGGCUGAGGCGUGAGCACGAACAUAGCUUCGGGGGGGCCUGGGGGCUGAAUGGCCCUGCUGCUGACGCCGGUACAUCGGCGACGCUGUCGGCGCUGUUGGAGACCAAGGACGCUCGUAUUCUUUCGCUGGAGCGGGAGGUUGGGCUCCUGGAGGGGGAGGUGACCAUGGCCAGGGAGGCGGCGAGGGAAGCUGCCAGGGAAGGCUUAGUUGGAGGGGGCCUCAUUGGGGGCAGCUUAUCGGGCUCUCGGUGGGGCUCCCGGGCCUCCCUGGCUACGCCACCACCCACCGAUGACUCACGCCUCCUCCAGGUGCUACAGGAACGGGAGCGGAAGGCCAAAGCCCAACUGGAGGAGUCGAGGCUUGAGAUCCAGAAGAGGGACCAGGAGAUCCUGGCCCUGUCGGCCAAGAUGAAAACUUUGGAGGAGCAACACAGCGACUACCAGCGACACAUCAUGGUGCUGAAGGAGUCCCUCUGCGCCAAGGAGGAGCACUACAAUAUGCUUCAGACCGAUCAUUCCCCCGGUCUUCCUCGCCAGGUGGAGGAGUUGAGGCAGCGCCUCGAGGAGAAGAACAAGACCAUAGAGAAGAAGACCCACCAGGCGCUACAGACCACACAGGAGAGAAACCGACUGACCUCAGAGCUCACCGAACUCAGAGACCACAUGGACAUUAAAGACAGGAAAAUCAAUGUCCUGCAAAGAAAGAUCGAGAACCUGGAGGAGUUACUUCGGGAGAAGGACAACCAGGUAGACAUGGCAAGGGCAAGGUUAACGGCGGUCCAGGCCCACCACUCCUCUUCCGAAGGUGCUCUCACGUCCUUGGAGGAGGCCAUAGGGGACAAGGAUAAACAAAUCGCACAACUAAGAGAGCAGAGAGACAGAGCAGAGCAGGAGAGGAACCAAGAGCAGAGUCUCCACGAGCGGGACAUUGCAGAGUACAAAAUGAAACAGCAUGCUCUGGAGGGCGAAGUCGAGAAACUGCAGGUCCGCCUCGAGAGGUGGUUGGCCGAGAAGGACAAGCUGGAGGCGAAACUCGAGGCCAGCCAGUCAGAACUAGGCAAAGCCAAGGCCGAGUUGGAGAAGAUGCACGGAGAGGUCGGCAAGAGCACAAGCGACUACGAGUCUUACCGCCACCGGCUGACGAAGAUCGAGAUGGAGAACGACCGCCUGAGAACCGAGAACGAGAGACUACACCAUGACCUAGAACGCUCCCAGUCAUCCUACGGCCGGCCAUCUGCCCCAAGUUCCUCUGGAGAACAGGAGAGAUUGCAGGAGAAGCUAGACAAAUGCCAAGCAGACCUACGCCGCGCCCAGGCCGAGCUGAGAAUGAACCAGACUGAUUACGAGAGAUCACACGUUGAGGUUGUAAACCUUCAGGUGGAGCAGUUGCAGGAGAAGGUGGAAAAAGCCCACGGGGAAAUCUACAGGCUGAAAGCCCGACUGGAAAACGCCCAGAGUGAAAAAGACAGCGUCCAGGAAGAGCUCGAGAGGGCUCAAGGCACCAUAGCCAGACAGCACAGUGAACGGGAGAGAUGGGUCAAUGAGGUCGACAAGCUGCGCGAAGAGCUGGAGCGGUCGCAGGCCACGGUGGGCAAAGCCCAGAUGGCGCAAGAGAAAACCCAAGCUUCCCUCGACAAAGUUCAGUCCGAACUCGACCAACUGCAAGAGCGAUACGAGAGGCAGACGGCGGAGGUCAGACGGGUCCAGGCUGAGCGAGAGAAACACUCCUAUGACUACGAGCAGAUCCAGAGUCAGCUCGACAAGGCUCACGGUCAGAGCGCCAGACUCAACAAGGAGCGGGAGGCUCUUCAGCAGGAGGCUGACAGACUCCGUGAGAAAUACGACAAGGCUCAGACACAGAUGGCCCGCAUGCAGAAAGAACGAGAAACGGCCGCUUCAGAGGUGGAAUCGCUGAGCGAGAAGGUGGACUUGUUGCAGGCGCAGUUGGGCAAGGCUCAAAGGGAUCGAGAAAACGCUUUCGGGGACCUGGAACUCUUGAAGGAGAAGUACGAGAAGACCUCGGCUCAGACGCAGAAAGUCAUGAUGGAAAGGGAUGACCGGGCGACUGAAGUGGACAUCCUAAAAGAGAAACUAGAGAAAGCUCAAACUCAGGUCACAAAAGCACAGGAUGAAAAGGACAUUGCCAAUAGAGAGUUUGAAAGAGCUCUUGAAAAGUUUGACAAGUCCCAAAGUGAGAAUUACCGUCUACAGACUCGACUAGAAUCCGCACAAGCCGAACAAGAACGCCUUCAAGUUGAGAUCGAAAAGACCCAGAUCCAGUUCAACAAGAUCAAAGACGAAAAGGUCAAGCUCCAGGAAGACUUCGACCGCGUCCAGGAGUCCUACGAUCGAGCCAGUUUUCAGUGUAUGAGGGCUAAAGAAGCCGAGGAAAAGCUAAAAGAGGAAAUAGAAAGAUUAAAUCUAGAUUUGACGAUCAUUAAAGAGCGUUAUGAUAAGACUUCCGUCGAGCUCCGUCGUGUAGGCAGUGAGAAAGAAAAGUUACAAAACGAUGUUGACCAAUUGACGUUUGAACUGGAAAGAGCUCAGGCUCAGUAUGGAAAAGCACAGAACAGCCAGGAAAAGAACCAAGAAGAAAUUGCGCGCUUACAAAUAGAGGUGGAAAAGUAUAAGGACAAAUACGAAAGAAAUGCGUUGGAUUUGUCCAAAGUCAGGAACGAAAAGGAAAAGUUGCAACAAGAGUGUGAAAACAUUCAGGCUGAAAUGGACCGGGUAUUGGUGCGCAUGGGUAAAUACCAAGACAAUACAGAGAAGACGAAGGAGGAUUAUGAGCUGUUGAAAAUAGAAGUGGAGAGAGUAAAAGACAAAUUAGAGAAGACGCAAAUGGAUUUCGAGAGAGAAGCGAUCAUGCGGGAGAAGUAUGAGACUGAGGUGACCAAACUGAAGGCUGAAAUGGACAGAGCAGAUCAGCAAAGAGGUAAAUAUCAACUUGACACUGAGAAAAACAAACAGGACAUUGAGAAAAUCACCAAUGAAAACGAGCGGUUGCGUCAGCGGUAUGACACGAGUCAGAUUGAACUCCAGAAGGCGAAACUCCUCAACGAGAAACUCACUGAAGAGGUGGCAAGCCUAAAAUCCGAGAUCGAAAAGGGCCAGUCCCGAGUGGGAACUUACACUUCCAGUCAGGAGAAAUACGAGGGCGAUCUCGAGAGAGCCAAUGUUGAGUUAGAGAAAGUGAAGGAGAAGUACGAGCGGUCUCAGAUCGAGGGAACCAAGUCACUGCAGAGAAUAGAAAAACUCGAGAGUGAAAACGAGAGGUUAAAGAGCGACUUGCAGAUGAGUCAGAAUCAGCUCGAGCGCUUCCUCGCCGCUCAAGACCGUAAUAAGACCGAGGUUGAGAAAACCUCCAUUGAGGUCGAGAAACUUCGCGAUAGGUUGGACCGCGCCCAGGCUGACAUGAACCGUGCUCAGGUCGGCAAAGAAAAAGCGGAACUUGAGGUUCAGAGACUAACCCACGAAAUGGAAAGAUCUCAGCAACACAUGUCAAAAUAUCAGGAGAGCAAUGAGUCUGCGAAGAUCGAGUUCGAAAGAAUGUCGGUAGAACUAGAGAAGUUACACGAGCGCUUAGAAAAAUCUCAGACUGAACUCAGAAGAGUCACGGAUACGAAAGAGAAGCUCGAAACUGAAAAUAAGAAAAUCAAGAGAGAUUUAGACGAGACUAAGAAUAUGGUUACCAAAGCUAGUGAUUAUCAGCAGAGAUCAAAUACUGAUCUUGAUAAAUGCAAAGAAGAAAUCAUACGACUGAACAAAGACCUUGAGAGAACCAAAGAUGAGUUAAAGAAAAUAUCGAUGGAAAAGGAACGGUUGAAUACUACCCAAGAGAAACGCGAAAAGAUGAUCCCGAAAUUAGAAACAGACCUAAAGCAACUGACCUCCGAAAGAGACCAGUUAGUUAAGCAGUUAGAGAAGUCACAAGAUAUGCUCCUGAAGUUCCAACAAGAGUUGAAACAGGCAGAAUCAGACCUCCAAAAAUCAAGGGACGAAAAUAAGCGUAUCAAAUCAGAAUUAAACAACACGACUAAAGAGAUGGAACAGGGUGCUAAAGACUUGUUGGAAGGCAGAGAGAAAGAGAUUCAGAGAGUUUCGGGUCUGCUUUCCGCCAAAGAGAAGGAAUUCAAUGCGCUCCGGGCGGAGGCUGAGAAAGAAAUCCAGAGAUUGACACAAGAAGUACAAAAGGCUCAGCAAGCUGCACAAGCCGCUCAGAAAGAGGCAGGACUGAUUCAAAAGGAGGCCGAGAAAGAGCUUAAGAACCUGAUUAUCCAGUUGCAGACCAAAGAAAAGGAACUAGGGGUUAUGCGCAGCGAAGGCGAGAAGACGAGAUUGCGGGCGGAAAAAGCUGAACGCGAUGCUUCGGAAAUGUCCAAAGAGGUAAAAGAAUUUAGUAAAAAAGGUGAAGGGGAAGCAGCCAAACUUCAGCAGAGUAUCACCUCGGAAAAACAGAGGGCUGACCAAGCAGAAAGAGCUGUUCAGGAAAUGCAAAAGCAAAUGCAAACACUUGCACAAGAAAGUCAAAAGCUUAACCAGCAAAUACACCAAUUAACCUUGGAAAAUCAACAACUUACAAAACAGUUAGAGCAAUUAGGUCAAGCACAACAACAAAGCCAAACACUGCAAAAACAAGCACAGCAGUCACAACAACAGAUACAACAACAGGCACAACAAAUACAGCAGCAAACACAACAGAUACAACAGUUACAACACGAGCUUCAACAAAAACAGCAACUCUUGCAAAAACAAAGCAACAACCCACGGGACAGUGCAGAAUUGCAAAGGUUAAAGGCUGAUUUGGACAAAGCAAAUAACGAAUUGAAGAAUUCUUCUGUUGAGAAGCAAAGGCUUCAAAGCCAACUCGAGUUGCUGGUCACGGAAUUGGAAAAGAAACAGCUCGAUUUGCACGAGGCCAACCAGAAGCUACAGAACGGAGGACGACCUGGAGACGACUCACAAGCGAUUAAACGGCAAAUGGAAGAACAAAUGAAGGUGGUUGAACAGAAGGUGAGAACACUAGAACAGAGGAACAAGCAACUAGAUGAUAGAGAGAAAUCUCUUGCUGACUUAGAUAUACGUUUGAACAAGAAGAGAGAACAGCUUGACCAAAUGGAACAACAGCUAGCUAAGGCUCAUGCAGCUGAUGGAGCGCCACCUUCAGAGGCCAACAGACAGUUAUCAGAAAUGAGAAAAGUCCUCGGCGAGAGAGAGAGAGACCUAGAAAAAUUACAUAAAGAACAUGAAAAGUCAAAGACAGACCUGAUGGCCGCACAAUCAGAAACUGAAAGGUUACUCCAGGUUAUGCAGAUGGGACAAGAGGAGCAAUUUGCAAAAGACAAGGCAAUAAAGGAUCUGCAAGACCAAAUAAAAGCCAUGGGUGGUGGCAUGGGUCCGCCGAAGAAAACUGUAGCUUCUACACCAGGUACACCAGCCAAGAUGGAUGGGGUACCAGCAGCCUUAUCGGCGCCCACGGCCGGGCAGAUGGCAGCAAGCGCGGCAGAAAAGGCUGAGAGAGCGACGGAAGCCGCUAAGGCCACCCUUGAACAAGCGAAAAAUGUUGCUCAGCCGACUGCCGAAGAGCUCUCAUGGUCAGAUCACCAAGAAAUUGACAUGCUCGAGUUGGAAGGUCGUCAGAGGGAACACAAGUUACACAUUGACCAGUUGAAUGUGGACAUCAAGCUGAAAGAUUCGUUGAUAAGCAACCUGAGUGAUGAAAACAUGAAACAGAGAGAUCGCAUCCAGGAGCUGGAGGAAGAAAUUCACUCGUUGGAGGAAGAGCUGAAAAAGAAUGAGAAAAUUGAAGAGCUGGAAGAGCUGGUGGUGGUGGUGAAACACAAGAAUGAGAGAAUUGAAGAACUCGAGGAAGCCCUGCGACAGAGUGUAAGGAUUGCGACUGACAUGGAGAGGGAGAAGAGAGAUGAAGAAGAUAAAAAGAAGGAGAUAACUGAAAAGCUGAAUAAACUUGAAGUCCGGUUAGCCAGUGCCCAAAACGCUCAGAAUCUUCGCUGUACUUCUUGCCGUCCAUUAAGGCACAAGCUGUCGCAAAUUGAGUCUCGAUACAAUAGUUUGAUCAGUGAGAGGCGGCAUCACCUUCAGGAACUAUUUGAUAUGAAGCACGAGGCAUUGACAGCUGCGUUGAGUGAGAAAGACGCUCACUUGGCGCUGCUGGAGGUUGGUGGCGUGAGGUCUUCCAGAGCUGCUCAAGAGGUGGAGACGCUGAAGAAAGAGAGGUCGAAACUGUUGGAUGCCAUCAACCGUCAGAGUGAAGAUCGGGUGAGACUCUGUCAGCAGUUUAAUGCCAUGGAUAUGAAACUGGAUGAUCUGAAGUUGGAUUCAACGCCACCUGAAACUCCCCCACCUCAGCAGGAUAGUAACUCUUCUGUAGAAGCAGCCGACGAUGGACCUACAGCGCGAACUCAAUUAUAGUAGACAGUGAAAUGAAUAGUCCACUGCAAGCUUCCUAAACAAUGGCCUUAGCUGAAAUGUGUGGUAUCUCAUCACACAUGUUGGUCGCAACAUCGGACAUUCCAUCACUCAAUGCUAUGACACAAUGUUUCAUCAUGAAGAUUUGAGGGUGGGAUGUGAAACCUUUGGUUUGACCUUCAUGAUGAAUCUCUCGUCCUUCUUCGAAAGCGUCCCUUCAACCUGCAUCUUCUCCCGUUAAAAAGUGAAACAUCUGUCUGUAUCCUGCCGUGUCCUCUUGAUAAAAAAAAAAAAAAAAAAAAGAAACGUGGAUCAUCGCGUGAAACUUCCUUUACCCAGCUGCUGCUGCUGCUGCUGCUUCCCUUUACGUGAAACAUCUUCUCUGCCGCUUCCUUUUUAAGUGAAACAUCGAUGACCAAGUCGACUGAUUGAUUUAGAUACAAUUAGUUUGCUGCUCCUACUUCUGUUGUUUAAGGAACUGUGAAUAUAUAUAUACUAUAUAUUUCCUUUACAUUUCUGUCUGAAAUGACAUAGUUGGAAAGCUAACACGUAGCCAUGUAUUACAGAAAAGUUCGAGAUAUUUUGCUAGAUGUAUCAUUUGGCUGUGUUGACCAGUAUCGAUUUAUUGGGUACUGCGCUCUUCAGAUUUCGAGAAUGUUUUUAUAUCAAGAGCAGACUCUUCAGUAGUGAAACUCAAGACAUUAAUAUCAAUUCUGUCAAAGAGCUUUUUAAUGCUUCCAUUUUGUGGCUUGUUAUGAUAGUGAAGUAAUAUCUGAUAUUAAUCAUAAUCAUUACACUUCUUAAUGUCUUCGCUGAUGGAAAGGUAAAGAUUUCAAACUGGAGACUUUUGGAUAUUGAAAUUAACAUAACUCAACUGAUGCGCUGUUUGCAAGAGUCCGGGAAUGAAUCAGUGUAGAAAUAGUGUCACAGAAUUAUUUAGGAUAUAAUCUAACAUUUUCAGGUAUUAGAGUUGCCUCCUAUAACUAUGGAAACUGAGGAUUCACUUUUUGUGAAUGAAGUCAAAGAAAGAUCUUGAAAUUUAAAUCAGCUGUCUCUAGUUGAGGUAUAUUUCACAUAGGAAAUAGUGGUGAUACUGAACUGUACUGUUUUGGAAUUUUCCAUGUGUGGCAGCGAGUCAUUCAGCCACGGAGCCUACGUAUUAACUUUGAAUCCAUGAUAACGGUGAUAAAUAUGAUGAUUGUGCCCAGACAGUGAAGGUGGAAGAAAGUGGGUUAGUAAUAUUAAGUGAUUUUUUCUUUUGGGCAGGACUGUAGUUGUUCCCGAGUUGUAGUUCGUAGUCGUUAUCCCCAUGGUAGUACAUAUCAUUGGUAGUCAAGGGUCAAGGAUAUCUCUUGAGUGUCCGUGUGACUCCGUAGUCGAAGUCCUAAGUGGUGUUCUGUCUAGUGGUGUCGUCACUGACUGUUCCCUCUCCAGAGACGGCAGCAGAGUUACAAUCCCCCCCCACCCCCCACCCAACCCCCAGCCCCGAUAAUGUUGGAUAGAGUGAUUAUGAAAGUCCUUAUAAUUUAUGAACAUAACUACAGCCCAUCUGCCAAGGGUGGACAUAGAAAGGAAAAUUGUGUACAGUCUGUAUUUUCUGUAUGUAAAUGUAUAUAAGAUAAAUCAGUCAUAGUUAGCAUGUGUUAGUCUGUAAAUUUUAGCAUCAUUUACCAUCAGUGCCGUUCUGAUGAAGGGGCUGACAUGGGCUGCAUCUGACAGUCACACUGCAAGGUCACAGAAGCCAGGCAUUUGGCCUUGCAAUCAAAACAUUAACAACCGGAACUCAAAACAUACUAUAUGUCUCUUCAGAGACAUUUCAUGAUGAAUCCCCUUUCAAGCCCCGGAACCUGUGCUUUAUGAUGAAACUAAGAAAAAAAAGAAGGAAAAUUGUAUAUUAUUUGUCUCAUCCAAGGUCAAACUGCACUAAAAUGGAGGCACAAAAUCAAAAUGUAAAAUACCGAAAUGAAAAGUGAUUAGCAAUGUUGGCUUCUGUCAACCCCUCCAGUACCUAUGUGCAAUGCAAGUUCCGGGGAUCAACAUGUAGGACAUGUGGACAACACAAUUCUCUCCUCCAGAGUAUAAAAACUGCCAAUGGAUUUUUCCUUAUUAAAAAUUUUGAGACUUUUUAAUGCAUGAUAAUAUAUUAUGCAUCUGGUGCACUCUUCCUGAAAGAAUUAUACAAUCAGUGAAGGUCGUUGUACAUAAACCAGAUUGUCUAGUCAUUGUGAGCGGUUGUUAGCACCAGUUAUCCUUCCCUUGAAAUUUUUACUAACUUCUAUACCUUUAUCAGGUGUUAGUCACGGGUUUGCAACAGUUCUUGUGUAACAAAAAAUAUAAACUAAAGCAUUUUCUCUCUCCAUAUACCAUAUAGAUUCAGAGUAUCGGUUUCUAAAGUUCUAAUAAAUUUCGAAUUUUUUAAUCAAAUAUUCACAUGACGAAUAUGAAAUGAGUGUGUGAGCAUAAGGAAAGUAGCCCUCUAGUAACUGAUCAUCAAAAAUUUGUCAAAAUGAUAUUUUACAUGCUUCUUGGAUCCUUUUGAAUAAGAAAGAUAUUUCCUGAUAAUUUGCACUAAUGAUGAACAUUUUGUAGACGGUACUCAACACAGUAGCAGGAGUGACCAGUGAAUGGCAGAGUUUUCAAGGAGUCAGGAUAUUGUCAGCAAAGCCAAUGUCUAAAUUCUUUGAAGUCCAAAGACUUGAGGGGCAUAGCAUCACAACCACUUUCUCUCUUUCUCUUUCUUCCCCUUUCUUGUAUCAUACCAAAAAAUUGGUUACAUUCAAUAUUUAAACGGAAGAAAAUUGGUGUUCUUGAGAAAUAGAAGCCCUUACGCCCUUAGGUUUCGUGAUAGCCUAGAGCAAAGGAAAAAGGCUAAGUUCAGAAACAUAGAAGUUACUGAUGUUAUUUUCAGAAUUAUUUACUCUCCUUUACACUCACGAAAAGUCAUAUCACUAUUACAUUAGUUUUGAGAUGAACUUAUAACGCAGACAAUACCGACAUUUAGUCUUGUACCUUUAAUGUAAAUAUUUACACUUUUAGUGACCUUUUAGUUGUGUUAACGGAAUUUCUUCCGAAAGGAUUUUCUUUUCUUUUUUCGGGAGCGGAACUGUUGUAGUCUGUUCAUAUCUGCACGCACACUCAUAGUCAACCUUUCAACCUCUACUAAUAGAAUAUCUGAGAACUUGAGUCUUGGAGUUUUUUAAAAGGUACUAAGUUAUGGGAGAAAAAUUCCUGAAGAGAUUGUCGUUUCUCCGUCAGUCUCGAUCAUAGGAAUACCAGCGUGCUACUUAUAUAUCUCACAUGUAAUUACAGUUUUGGUAAGUCCAUUAACACAUAAUAUAUGCUAUGCCAGUCUGAACUCGAGAAACAUCCAUGUGACUGAUUUAAUGCUUGAAUGGUAACUAAAAGCCAAAGUGUAACUCAGUUAUUGAUGAAACAAGAGAGGUGUGUACAAGGUUGCAAUGCAAUUAUUUUGAAAUUAAGUGUAAUUCAAGUGACUGAGCCAUUGGCUAACACAUACCCUGCCUCAUGUAUAUACUCUUUCUCCUGUUGUGCACAUUGACGUUUAUAUACCUUUCCUAAUCAGUCAAUUUUCUCUUACAUAUACAGUCUUUCAUGUGCAUAUACAUCUACUAACAUCUCUUCUUCAUGAUUGCUUUCAAAUGUGUGUGUGUGCACACCUCUUUCUACAUGCAUGCACAUAACCACAUUGCAUUUGCAACAUUCCCUGAGUGCACAUUUGUGUGAUUUGGGGGCGGUGUGUGCCCAACAACAUCCUCAGUGUAUCCUUCCAGUCCUUCUGAGCCUUGCAACUAACUAUUCUAUGCUUCUGACUGGUACUUGUGACUAGUACGUCUGGUACUUCUGUCUUAUCACCAUCGAGUGGUACUCGUGGCCCCAUACCUUGCAUCUUUCGUGCCAUUCUGUCUGAGUGUCUGGUUGAAGGUAUAGAUUCUCAGUUGUGUAUAUACUGUGUAUGUGCACUGUGUAGUGUGUAUACAUACAGGUGUAUAUACACACUCUUGUAUUUUGGGCACAAAUGUAAUAUUUAAUGUAAAAUAUAUAUGUGUAAGGUCAACACUUUAUGAAACAAUUUGUUUUGUGUGCCUGUGAUUUCUUAAUUUAGCAUAUCCCCUCAGUAGGGUCUAGUAGAGACGUGUUAUGAGUGAUGAGCGACAAUGGAAAACUUACUACGUAUGUGCUACAGUGAGACUGUCUAUGGCAUUGAAGGGUGUGUCCUCACUUCACUUGAAGUUGUGUAGUCAUUGCGAUUUCCAAUCCGACGAAAAAUCACAGAGUUGUAAAUUUUGUCUCACAAAUUUGUAGAAAUCGGCAUUGCUCUGAAUUGGUGGUAUCAAGUACUGAAUUGUGCCAUCUAAAAUAGAAAUAGCAUGCGGUAUUUAUGUGCAUCACAGCAAUGAAAAGAAUUUCUAGAAAAAAAAAGUGGGAAUAUGUAUAAGCACAACAACAAGUGUCUAGAAAAUAGAUAAAAAAAGUGGGACAGAUAUUUAUGGAUUUAAAUGAUCAAAUUGAACACAACCCCUUCGAACUGAAGCCUAUUCAAAUUCACAUGUUAGCAUCACUGGAGUAUGUAGCAUAAUACUGUAUUGUGUUUCUGUGGAAGAUAGUUUUAACCCGCAUGCAUUAAGGUUGAAAAUCACUUGUUGUGAUGACAAUAAUUCAACCCUAGUGGCAGCUGAGGAUUAGCACUAUGUUCCUUCGACCCACAUGGAAUAGGACAUUUCCCACAAGGUACUCUAGUGUGUUAGUAUGUUGUGAAUGCUUUCUAUGGUGGUCACUGUGCAAGGUUUAUUUUUGUGGCAGUGAUAUUAUGUGAGGAAUAUAAGAAAGUGGGUGCAUCUAGAAUAUAGAAAACACUGUGUACAUUGAUUUUAAAGACAGUGAUAUAGAAGAUUUAUGAAUCAGCGGAUUAUCGUGGACAGUAUCUGUACUACGUAUCUUAUCUGGACUGUCAUUGAUCAGCCUUUGGGGUGCCACGUGAUGUCAACUUUGAAGUCAAAUAGGAAAUGUUAACAAUCCUUUGAAAUUCGAAUGAGUUCUUUGAUCGUACUCUGUGCCAUUCAUUGGUGACUCCCUUUCCUCUGCCUACAUGAGUUUUUUGAUAGUUCAGAAUAGUUCAUUUCAUGUGGUGGUCCAGAUGCUUGUCAUGAGAGUGAAGAAUCCUUACCAAGUAGCUAUGUUGGUGUCUAGCCGCAAGUUGUUGUCUUUUCUUGCCCUCCCAACUCCCUCUUCUUUGACGUCAUGUCCAGCAUGUUGAACAAUAAAGUUGAUCUUGCAAAAGAA